AAAAUCGGCAAAACCGCUCCGAUGCCGCCUUUCGAGACCGGUUUUAAGUUGUGAAUUCCACCGUUUUCCCCGAUUAUGUUGUAAACUAUUACGUGUAAUAAUCAACGUAAACAAAAUGUUUUCCUUGCUGAGCACCGCGACCAUGUUCGGCGCCUUCACUGCCUUGUUCGCGAUCAUCUUCCAAGCGUAUCUCUCGUCGAACGAGCUCGUCAAGCUCACGGUCAUCCUGCAACAUUUACGGGACCUAGAGGUGGAGUUUCCGGUUGCGGGGCCCCGCGUCGCUAUCGGUUACGGCUCGUGUAGUGAUCUGCAUGUUCGAGCCGUUAAUUUCCUAGCGCAUAACGAGACCAUAGUCAGCGGCCUUAACUUCACCGACUACACCUUCGACGACAUAACGACUGAAGAGGAGUUCCUGCUCAAUUUUGCGUACUACUUUCAACAGGGAGCAGCGGCUGAACGAUUCACGGCCAAUCGAGAACUAUUCCUACGGCUGGUGCAACGGGCCAAAAAGUCUUCUUCCGCGGAUCACCACUGGGCGCUGGGUGGCAAUGCACCGGUCAUCGGUUCACGGAUGGCAAUGGAGGGUGCAAAUGUGCUGCUCGGAGCAAAAAUGUCGAACAAAUUGAAAUCCCAUCUGCGGCCAGAGGUGUUGCUGACUGGUAGUCUCAUCGAAGACGAUGACAUUCAUCUCAUCCUGGAGUACAAUACUGGCGAUACGUGGGGACAGCUCGUUUCACCACGUGCCAAUCGUUACAUUCUGCAUAACGAUCGACACAAUCCGAUGCUCAGUUCACUCGAGGAGUUUGACGCCGCACUGCCUGACUUCAAUCCGGAUCUGUUCAUCGUAAGUGGCCUUCAAAUGAUGGACAACUAUAUGUACCAACCGGGGGUUCGCGAGGCACGAUUACUAAAGGUACAACACCAGAUGCAGGCACAGUCCCCCCAUACACUCAUUCACUUCGAGAUGGCAAGCUUCGUAGAGCUGGAGCUGUUGCAGCAGCUGAUGCGCUACGUACUCCCGUACAGCGAUUCGAUCGGUAUGAACGAGCAGGAGCUCGACAAUUUGCGACAAGUACUGGAAACGGGUAGGAUCAGUUUGGUGGCCGAUUCAAAUCCGCGAGUUGCUCAUUCGCUCGAUCAAGCACGGAGCGUCUUUGCUCGGCUGAACCAACAAUUUGUUGGUAACGAUGCUACGGGAAAGCGGCGUCCACUGUCGCGAAUCCAUCUACACACGCUUGCUUACCAGGCCUUCAUAGUGUCCAAGGGAAGUAGUUGGAAGCAUACAAAGCAAGCAGCCGCGAAAGCAUCGCUCACCGCACACCGACACGUGUGUGCGAGCACGAUCGUCAACCCGGAUGCAUCCUACCUGCAGAUGGAUGGCAGCUUUGCCGUCUCGGCUAAACCGGGUGCACGUCGAAUUCCCUUCGAUAAUCGGGUGCCUGUAUCAUGUUGGGACGAAUCAAUUCCAUUAUCCUUGGAUGGUGAUAAAGCGAGCCUAAAGGCUGUGGAAGUGGAAAUCUGUGUCGCUCCGGUCUUGAUUUGCAAAAAUGCUAAACAAACAGUGGGUGCCGGCGAUAACAUAUCCGGAGCCGGGCUGGUGCUACAAAUUUGAUGACGCCAUCGGCUAAACUCAUUCCACCCUGUUACCGGACAAGACUGCUACAGUUGCCCAGACUGCCAUGGAGCGGAUAAUCUCAAAUAGCGUUCCAUUUUAACGCGUAAUCGCUGGUCUAAUCAUCGAUAUUUUGUUAAAUGAGAUUUUCUAGUUUAUUGAAUGACGAGCAUAAGAGACAUUUUAACAUUCCAUUGGUUGAUGCUUAAAAUUGUAGUAAAACCUAUCCAAUAACACGUACAGUGGCCACAUAGCCUGAGGACGAGGGGCCUCUCGGUAGAGAAUGAAACGUAAUUUCCAAUUGCACUCGUUACACCACAGUCGUUCACUGCUCCGACGCAAUUGAUCUUAAAUUUUAGAGACUGACUUAGCAUUUUAGCCAAUCAAUUAUCAAUAGUUCAUACCAUGCAUGGCUGCUCACUUGAACGCUAAUCCUAGCUAGGUGAUUCAGACUUAAGAAGUAAACCAGCGAACCUUUGAAGACAAAGUAGGCUUAACAGCGGAAAUUCGUAGACGAUCAGACUUCUGUUGCCCACAGCUCAGACCCAAUAAAAUCCCUAUCGCCUCUCAUCGUAAAAUCAAACGAUUUAUUUGUGCUAGCCUUGUACGGAACGAACUACGUUAAAGUUAAAUACACGAUUGAAUAAAUGAAUUGCGCUUGUCCUCGGUGAUUGGUAGAGGUAACUUCGCUUCUGACCCAA